AACUCAACAGAAGACAUGGCUGCAUUUGCCUCCUUAUAUCUCCAUCUCUUCAUGAUCAUUGUUUUCCUUGCUCUACCAAACAGAGCUUACUCUGCAACUCUCUCCACUACUUUCUAUGAUAAAGUGUGUCCUAAGGCUUUGUCCACCAUUAAUGGAGUGGUGAAGGCUGCAGUGAACCAAGAGAGUCGCAUGGGUGCUUCCUUGCUCCGUCUCCAUUUCCAUGACUGCUUCGUCAAUGGCUGUGAUGGUUCACUCCUUCUAGACGACUCGGCUAACAUUGAUAGUGAGAAGAAUGCCUUCCCCAAUGUUAACUCUACCAGAGGAUUUGAUGUUAUUGAUAAAAUUAAAUCCAAAGUUGACAAAGUCUGUGGAAGCUCCAUUAUAUCAUGUGCCGAUAUCUUGGCUGUUGUAGCCCGAGACUCUGUAGUUGCGCUUGGAGGCCCAACAUGGGAUGUGCAGCUAGGGAGGAGAGACUCAACUACAGCAAGCCGGACGACUGCAAACAAUGACAUCCCUUCACCAGCAUUGGACCUCUCUGCCCUCAUCAGCAACUUCAAGAAACAAGGGCUAGACACUAAAGAUUUGGUUGCACUCUCUGGGGCACACACCAUUGGCUUUGCAAAGUGUAGUCUCUUCAAAAACCAUCUCUACAAUGAGACCAACAUUGAUCCCAACUUUGCCAGUGCACGGAAGUCGACUUGCCCGCCCUCCGGCGGUGACGAUAACCGUGCUCCGAUAGACCCUACAGCUUCACAAUUUGAUACACAGUAUUUCCAAAACUUGGUAAAGAGAAGGGGACUCCUACACUCAGAUCAAGCACUGUAUAGUGGUGGCUCUGGUACCAUUGAUGCAUUAGUAAAGAGCUAUAGCUCAGAUUCCAAGACUUUCUAUGCUGAUUUUGCCAAGUCUAUGAUUAAGAUGGGAAACAUUAACCCUUUGACUGGAAAGAAGGGCCAAAUUAGGGUGAACUGUAGGAAGGUGAACAGCUAAAGCAAGAAAGAGCCCUCCCUCAUCUCCUUAAUUUCUGUAUUUUUUGGUUUGUAAUAAA